AAGCGAAAAGACGUUAUCAUUCUGCUCACAACUUCCUACCCAUCCACCCACCCAUCAGCCCCAGUUGUCGUCAUUGCUUAUUCUGCAUGGCCGACCGAGGUGGUCAGCUUUCGAGACAUGGUGCCCUGUUGGGCUGCGAGGGCUGCUAGCUUGCAAAAGCCCCACGGCGGGUGCAUUCCCCUCCCAAAUCUCACUCAUCUCUUAGCACGGGAGACAUUUUGGAUCCAGACCUUCAAGAAGUCCUCACCGACAAGCGAACGAGUAGGAGGGUCUUCCGCUGCGCCCCAAGCACGCAAGUCUCGGAAAACGCAAAGCGUGCGCGGGCGAUCCCAGCAGGAAUCCCGGUAA